AUGGACUCGUCUCCUCCCAGAAAGGUCCUCCAGGGGCAGUCUGCUGCGGGUGUGAAGCGUGCAGCACUGUUGCCGCCGUUUGAACCAUGUUCCUCACCACCGCUUCCUCGACCAGUGAAGCGAAGGGUUCUCAAGGGUGAAGACUCGUUCUCGACAUAUCCAACACCUGUUCCAACUUCUUCGACCGCUAUUCUGAGCUCUUCGCCCUCCCGUAUACCUCCUGCUCUUCAACGUACGCAGUCGGUUACCUCAGAGCGCGCCCCUCUCUCUGCCGUGCCAUGUGUGAUGCUCGAGGAAAAUGGGCAACCCAUCACCAUGGGCAGAUCAAGUGCGUCUUGCUCAUAUCAACUCUCUCCUAACCGACUUAUAUCAAGAGUACAUGUCAAGGCCUUCUUCAAGCCCGCAAGCCACCCGUUUGAUAGGGAUAAGAUUGAAAUUCUAUGUAUGGGUUGGAAUGGCAUUAAACUGCAUUGUCAGGGGAAAACUUAUGAAUUAGCGAAAGGAAAGACUUUCACCUCGGAUAUUAGGGAUGCAGACGUGAUGAUCGAUGUUCAGGACUCGCGUGUCCUGGUUCAAUGGCCGCGUCCAGAACGAAAGGAUUCUACAUCGGACCAUACAUGGGAUGAGUCCUCACCCCUUCGAAAUGCGGGUUCUCGUUCUCGUCACAGCUUUUCAGAGAGCCCUCUCAGGUCUAGGGAGAGACUACUCUCUCCUGUCUCGCCGUCGCCCGCCGUCCAGGCGCUUGACUCACCCCGCCCCAUAACUCCAAGCCGUUCCAUACCCAGUGCUGUCGUCGUAUACGAAGACGAACCUUCUCCUAUACGACCCAAAAAAUCUACUCCCGAACCGAAUUCCACAUCCCAAAGCACACAGCUUGCUUCCGUCUCGAGGGAUUCCAACGUCAGAAAUUCAAUGUCCAGUGUUCUUACAAAAUCGGACGAAUUAUCCGAACAUGAUGAAGAGAAUGACCCUAUCGUCUUUUCAUUCGGCCCAUACGGAGAGAAUAUCCUUCCCCGUAUGGCUGCUGUCCAUGCCAGAGACACGCCUGUCGCUUCUCCUCAUCAGAAACCAGCAAAACGCGGCUCAGCAUCCCGAGAAUCAUCAACAACAAAUGCAACCGAUGCAUCCCGUUCUGUGAUCCAGAACCACAUCGUAAAUCAGCUAGCCUUUUCACGUCUAUCCUCCACUCCUUUCUCUACAAUUGUCAGCAACCUCCCCGCUGACCUUAUUGGAACGGGUUCAUCAAGGAAGCCCAGGGUUUCCAACGCCUAUAUUAGAGCUAUUAUUGAAGAGACUAGGUGCAUUGGCACUGUUAGCCGCAAAGGCAAAGACGCUGCGGGAAAACAAUUGGAGUGCGAGUAUUACUAUACCCCUGACCUUGAUACGGAUGAGAUGAGAAAGCAGGCUGUUGUCAACGAUUUGCGAAAGCCUGGAUUACGGAACUGCAGAAAGCAGCACAAGCAAUAUUUCUGGAAACGACCAAAGACUCCUUAA